AUGGCCUCACCCCUAAGGGGCAAACCCUCAUCGCCCCGAGUGGAGACUACUCGCUACACGGAGACAUCGACGAUCCGCGUGGAGACAUCGAACCACCGCGUGGAGACGUCCUCUCGGCAGGUGCGAACGUCUUCCCGGCAGGUGGAGACCUCCCGAUGCCGCAGCGAGGGGCCCUCCCUCUCCCCUUCUGGGAAGCGGCUUCCUCGGGUCCUCGAGGUGACAUCCCAGCACGUGGAAACGUCCUCACAGUGCACGGAAACGUCCUCCCACCACGUCAAGGCCUCGUCCCUGCGGCUGGAGACGUCUCUGCAUCGCAUGGAAAGCCCGGCCCGCCGAGACAGGUCGGCUGCCCGCCAGAACGUAAAAGCGGCCCGAUGAAAUGCUUCCCAGAGGCCACUAAAGGGCCAUGGCCGUUAGCCAGGGCAGAAUUGCCUCCAGUUGCCAGCCAGCCAGCUGCCAGAUGGACCGAUCAUUUUUGGUUUCGUGGAAACAGCCCAUAAAUCAAUGUAAGAAAUAGCCAAGCUGCGGUUUCUGAAUUCAGACGUAUUGACCAUGCUGCACCUUGGACCAUUCUGCAUUUGACCCAGUUAAUUAUUUUAACUUGAAGCCAGCACAAAAGGGUUUCACGCCCAUGAUACUAUAUGAAUUGGAUUGUUGAACAAAAAGGCUGUUUGAGCCUCUAAGCCAGGUAAUAGUUGUGACUCCCUCUCGCCCUGUGAUGCCUUUUCCCCUUUGCCUUUCAUCAUGAGUGGAAGCUUCCUGAAGUCCUCACCAGAAGCAGAUGCCAGCAUCUUGCACCAUGCUUUCUGUACAGCCUGCAGAACUCUACACCAAAUAAACCCCUUUUCAAACUUCAAAAUAA